AUGUCUAAUUCAAAAUAUAUUUACUCAUUCGAAAACCUUCUUAUCACUCAAACAGAUGCAGACCUGAUUAAAAACUGCCAAUGGAUUAAUGACACUCUAAUUCAUUUAGCAGGAAGGAAAAUUGAACUUGAAAAUCUAAAAGAGACAGAAGAUGGCAAGAAAAAUAUAAUGUUUUAUCCACCAAAUACACUACAACUUCUUAGAAUGCUUGAAAAACCAUUCAUUGAUGAUAUUAUAAAUAAUUUUAAAGUUUUUACUGCCAAGUAUGUAUUUCUUCCAUUAAACAAUGGAGGGCUUGGCGCAGAUCAUGGAUCCCAUUGGAGUUUAAUAAUUUGGGAUACCGAAUACUCUCCUAAUCAAGAAAAUAAGUUUUAUCAUUACGAUUCAAUUGGUGGCUCAACAACCAAACUAGCAAAAUCUGUGUGUAAGCAAUUGGCUGAUGACUAUGGUGUCAAAUAUUAUAAAUUUUUUGCUCCGAAAUCUCCUCAGCAGGAUAAUACUUAUGAUUGUGGGUUGUUUACUGUAGCUGUUACUGACUAUGUUGCUAAGACUAUGGAUUUAGAACAUAUUAUUCCAAAUGUUUCUCAAGAAACUGUUACAAACUUGCGUAAUAGCUUCAUUACGAGAUUUAUGAAAUAA